GGAUGCUCGCCGCUUAUGGAGCCGCCGUCGGCGAGCCCGGCGCUGCUGAGCGCCCUGUCCCGGGCGGGGGGCAAUGAGAGCGGCGGGGAGGCGCCGGCAGCUGACCCCGCCGCCGGGGCGGAGGAGGCGGGCUGGUCGGGCGCGGCGCUGGCCUCGCAGGCGCUGCUGCUGGUGCUGAUCUUCGCCCUGUCGGCGCUGGGCAACGGGGCCGUGGUGCUGGUCAUCGCCCGGCACCGGCAGCUGCGCACCGUCACCAACGCCUUCGUGCUGUCGCUGUCGCUCUCCGAGCUGCUGGGCGCGCUGCUCUGCCUGCCCCUCGCCUUCCUGCGCCUGCUGAGCCGCCCGCGCGGCGCCUGGCUCUCGGGCCGGCGCCUGUGCCUGGCCAGCGCCGCCCUGCACGCCGGCCUGGGCAUCGCCGCCACCCUCACCAUGGCGCUGCUCGCCUUCGACCGCUACUGCGCCAUCGUGCGCCAGCCCCGCCGCAAGAUGGGCCGCCGCCGCGCCGCCCAGCUGCUGGCCGCCGUCUGGCUGGCGGCGCUCGGCUUCGCCGCGCCCUGGUACCUGCUGGCCCAGGCGGCGGGCGGGGGCCACGGGGCCGGCUCGGGCCGCUGCACCUACGUGCUGCUGCCCUGGGGCUCGUCGCGGCUGGGCCCGCCCUACAGCGCGGUGCUGAUCGUGCUCUGCUACCUGCUGCCCUUCGCCCUCAUGUGCUUCUGCCACUACAACAUCUGCCGGGCCGUGCGCCUCUCCGAGAGCCGGGUGCGGCCGCUCACCACCUACGGCCACCUGCUGCGCUGCUACGGAGAGAUGCGCACCGCCACCACCGUGCUCAUCAUGAUCGUCUCCAUCAUCUGCUGCUGGGGGCCCUACUGCGUCCUGGGGCUGGCGGCCGCCGCCGGCCACCUGCCCUUCUCGCCCACCGUGGACGCCGUGGCCAGCUGGAUGGCCUGGGCCAACGGCGCCAUCAACCCGCUCAUCUACGCCGCCCGCAACCCCAACAUCGCCAUGCUGCUGGGCCGCAGCCGCGAGGGCGGCUACCGGACUAGGAACAACGUGGCCGCUUACCUGGCCGCCCGGGGCCAGCGCCUGGAGGCCCGCGGCCGGGCCGAGCCAGGCCGGGAGCGCUACGCCCAGCAGCGGCCCGGCGGCCACGCCGCCAGCACCCUCUCCUCCUCCAGCCCGGCCAGCGGCGGCGAGGUGGCCAUGUGGGCUUGCAAGAACCCGGCCGUGCUCUUCUGCCGCGACGCGCAGCCCGACACGGCCUCCCAGGCUGCCCUGCCGCCCAAAUCCGACACCGCUGAUACCAGCCUCUGAAGCGGCCGGGGGGGGGGG